CAUUGCAUCUGGGACAAGUUGCUUCUUCUUGUAUUCACUGUAGCUGACAGCAACGUCUGCGUCGGCUGCGUGUGAUGAGCUCAGCGAUACGGUCAAUCAAAAUGGUCGCCACUGCGCUCGCAUGCAGAUUGCAGAAGAAUUGCCGUGCUUGUAUAUACUAGUACUACUGUAUGUCUCUCCAGGAAUCGCUGCGGCGCGCGUCACUUUCUUCCAGGCACUGAGGAUUUCAUCUAUCUAUCUAUCUCCACAGCUCCACUGCCGUCACCGUCUCGCGGCUCACCGCUUCUCUUCUCCCGGAAGGGGAGGAGAGGUCUCGAGGAGGAAGAUGGGGUGGAGGAUGGCGGUGAGUCGGCUCCUCCAUGGCUGUGUUCUUGUGCUGCUUCUUGCAGCGGCGGUUGUUCAGGCUCAGCGGGCGGCGACGAGGACUGAUCCGACUGAAGCGGCGGCGCUGAACGCGGUGUUCGCGAAGCUAGGGCAGCAGGCGCAGUCGUCAUGGAACCUCAGCGGCGACCCCUGCACCGGCCGGGCGACGGACGGCUCCGCCAUCGACGACACCAGCUUCAACCCGGCCAUCACCUGCGACUGCACCUUCCAGAACAGCACCAUCUGCCGCAUCACCAAGCUGAAAAUACAUGCCGUGGAUGCGUCUGGCCCGAUACCGGAAGAGCUGCGGAACCUCACGCGCUUGACCGAUCUGAAUUUAGGACAAAAUUUAUUAUCAGGGCCUUUGCCAUCGUUCAUUGGGGAGCUGACUAAUAUGCAGAAAAUGACAUUUGGCAUCAAUUCAUUAUCUGGACCUAUUCCAAAGGAGCUCGGUAAUCUUACGAAUCUUAUAUCACUGGGUUUGGGCUCAAACCAUUUCAAUGGUUCGCUUCCUACAGAACUAGGGAACCUGAUCAAACUUCAGGAACUGUACAUUGACAGUGCUGGCUUAAGUGGUCCGUUACCAUCAUCAUUGUCCAAGCUUACAAGAAUGCAAAUAUUGUGGGCAUCAGAUAACAAUUUUACUGGACAAAUACCAGAUUAUAUUGGGAGCUGGAAUUUGACAGACCUGCGGUUUCAAGGCAAUUCUUUUCAAGGUCCAAUUCCCGCUGCUCUUUCUAAUCUUGUCCAAUUAUCAAGCUUACGAAUCGGUGAUAUUGAAAAUGGAAGCUCUUCUUCACUGGCAUUCAUCAGUAACAUGACAUCAUUGAGCAUCCUGAUUUUGAGGAACUGUAGGAUAUCUGAUAAUCUUGCAUCAUUAGACUUUUCAAAGUUUGCGAGUUUAAGCUUACUGGAUUUGAGUUUUAACAAUAUCACUGGUGAAGUACCAGCAACCCUGUUGGGUCUGAAUUCUCUGAACUUCUUAUUUCUUGGGAAUAAUAGUCUUUCAGGAAGCCUUCCAACCUCAAAAGGAUCUUCACUUUCAACUUUAGAUUUUUCUUACAACCAGCUCUCAGGAAACUUUCCUCCUUGGGCUAGUGAUAAAAAUUUACAAUUGAAUUUGGUGGCAAACAAUUUUGUGAUUGAUAGUUCCAAUAACAGUAUCUUACCUUCAGGGCUGGCAUGCCUUCAGAGAAAUACAUCCUUCUUUCUUGGUUCUCCACAGUCUUCCUCCUUUGCUGUGAACUGUGGUAGCAAUAGAUUCAUAUCAGGCUCAGAUAAUUUAAGGUAUGAAACUGAUGAUGUCAAUCUUCAAGCAGCAUCAUAUAAUGUUACAGGAGCACCAACGUGGGGUGUUAGCAACGUUGGAAAGUUCAUGGACGCACCAAAUGGGAAUUACAUAAUCUACAGCUCCCGCCAGUUUCAGCACACCCUAGAUUCAGAACUGUUCCAAACUUCAAGGAUGUCACCAUCAUCCUUAAGAUACUAUGGUAUUGGACUUGAGAAUGGAAACUAUACAGUCACUCUUCAAUUUGCAGAGUUUGGAAUCGAAGAUACACAGUCUUGGAAGAGCCUAGGGAGAAGGGUUUUUGAUAUAUAUGUGCAGGGUGAACGCAAGGAGAAGAACUUUGACAUCAGGAAGACAGCAGGCGAUAAAUCUUACACUGUUGUUAAGAAGCAAUACAAAGUUCCUGUGACCAAAAACUUCCUUGAGAUUCAUCUCUUCUGGGCUGGCAAGGGCACUUGCUGCAUUCCUACUCAAGGAUACUAUGGGCCCACUAUCUCAGCUCUGAGUGUAAUCCCUGCAGAUUUCACCCCUACAGUGGGUAAUACAGCACAUAAAAACAAGAGUACUAGUAAAACAGGUGUAAUUGUUGGAGUUGUAGUUGGUGUGACGGUUUUAGGUUUGGUAGCACUUGUUGGAAUCUUUAUGUGGAGACAGAAAAGGAGAAAAUUAUCACUGGAGCAACAAGAGCUAUACAGUAUUGUCGGAAGACCUAAUGUAUUCAGUUAUAGUGAACUAAGGUCUGCAACUGAAAAUUUUAGUUCCAGCAACCGCCUUGGUGAAGGAGGAUAUGGGACAGUUUAUAAGGGCAAGUUAACUGAUGGAAGGGUAGUGGCAGUGAAGCAGCUAUCUCAAACAUCUCAUCAAGGGAAAAAACAAUUUGCGACGGAGAUAGAAACUAUAUCCCGAGUGCAACAUCGUAAUCUCGUGAAGUUGUAUGGUUGCUGCCUUGAAGGCAAUAAUCCACUGCUGGUUUAUGAGUACAUGGAAAACGGAAGCCUUGAUAAAGCAUUGUUUGGAACUGAGAAAUUGACCAUAGAUUGGCCAGCACGUUUUGAGAUAUGCCUAGGCAUUGCAAGAGGUCUGGCUUAUCUUCAUGAAGAGUCCAGCAUCUGUGUUGUGCACAGGGACAUCAAGGCCAGCAAUGUCUUAAUUGACGCCAAUCUCAAUCCUAAGAUCUCUGAUUUUGGGCUAGCCAAACUUUAUGAUGACAAGAAGACGCAUGUCAGCACGAAGGUUGCUGGCACAUUCGGUUAUCUUGCACCUGAGUACGCCAUGAGAGGCCAUAUGACCGAGAAAGUUGACGUCUUUGCAUUUGGCGUGGUCUUAUUGGAGACUUUAGCCGGACGGCCAAACUAUGAUGAUACGCUUGAAGAAGACAAAAUUUAUAUUUUCGAAUGGGCCUGGGAGCUGUACGAGAACAACAACCCUCUGGGCCUCGUAGACCCAAAGCUCAAGGAAUUCAACCGGGAGGAGGUGCUCCGUGCCAUCCGCGUCGCCCUCCUCUGCACCCAGUGGUCGCCUCACCAGCGGGCGCCAAUGUCGAGGGUCGUGUCGAUGCUCGCCGGCGAUGUCGAGGUGCCCGAUGUGCUGACAAAGCCGAGCUACAUCACCGAGUGGCAGAUCAAGGGUGGCAACACCAGCUUCGCCAACAGCGGAGUCAGCGGGCAGUCGAGCUCGGCGCCGGGAUCGGCCUCGGAGCAGCAAGGCUCGUCAUUGUUCUUGAACUCCGUCAUCCCGGAAGGCCGGUGAUUUUCGCGCGGGUCUGACUUGUCUCAUGAAGUGGCAGAUGAUAAUCUCGUCUUGUGAAUACUCGUUGCAGAGGGCAAAUGGUGUGCGAGACUGUCAGUUUUGCAGUGCAGGUCGCUGUCCUUUUCUUGUUUCCCUUUUGAGCUUAUUAGCCAGCUUGCCAUUUUCAUGGAGAUCGCUCUCACUAAUUAAAAAAAAGAAAGUAAAUGCCUUCAAGUUUGAUGAGAA